AUGUCUGAUAACUUGUUUUCUUUCUCUGGCCGUGUGGCCCUCGUUACUGGUGGAGGCUCCGGGCUGGGUUCCUAUAUCGCAAAGGGGCUUGUAGAGGCAGGUGCCUCACGCGUGUACAUCACCGGCCGUCGAGCCCCUGCACUACAAGGGAUAGCAGAAACUGCGCCGGACAGAAUCAUACCCAUCGUCGGGGACGUUGCUACUAUCGAGGGAUGCAGGAGGGUGACCGGGGAUUUCAUAGCGGGAGAGAAAAAUGCAGGCGUGGUCGAGAAGGACGUGAAGCUGGAUAUGUUGGUGAACAAUGCUGGAGUUGGGCUGGCGGAGGGAACCUGGGGUGCAGAGGCGACUCUGGAGGAGAUCAGAGAUGCGCUCCUAACGGCAAGGGAUGUUGACUGGGCACAGGAGUUUGCAGUAAAUGCAGGGUCCAUCCAGUGGAUGUCCGCGUGCGUUCUUCCCUACCUUGUCCGCGCUGCGAAGACAAAUGAGGGCUUCCGCGAAGGGCGCGGAUGCAUCGUCAACAACACAUCAGUUUCCGCGUUUUAUUACAAGGGCCAAGGACACCUUUACGCGGCAUCCAAGGCUGCUGCUCACAGUGUCACGCAGAGUCUGGCCGAUAAGCUUACUAGACUGGGCGUACGCGUGAAUAGCAUCGCCCCGGCAAACGUUCCAUCCGAAAUGAACGAUCCCAGCAACCCUCAAAGCUUCAUUUCACGGUUGAAAGACGUUAUUCCAAUUGGUAGGAUUGGUGAGGCACAGGAUGUUGUCGGCACGGUUCUUUACCUUGGAUCGAGAGCAGGAAGCUUUGUCUCUGGUACGGUUAUUGCGAUCGACGGUGGAAUUCUGCUAGCGCACUGA